CCCCCAAGCCCGGGCCCUCUCUCUCUCCCUUUCUUCCUGCCUCGUCUUCCUGCGGCGAAGGAGGCUCAUCUAUUAUAAAUGCACAUUCGCAGCUGACAUCAGCGGCGAGCGGCGGGCGAGCGCCGACGAGCGGUCCCUGCGCUCUGCCCGCCCGGAGCGCGGCGCCCCGGCUCGGCCGAGCCGCCCGCCUGUGGCGGGGAGCGCGCGGAGCUGCGCCGACCCGGUUCCCGCCCGCCGCCUGGGACCCUUAGCAGACCCCGACCGCCACCCCCACACGCCGCGCCCGCGCCCCCGCACCGCCCGGGAGUUUCUGCAUGACUGUCACAAAGAUGUCCUGGCGUCCGCAAUACCGCAGUUCCAAGUUCCGGAAUGUCUACGGAAAGGUGGCCAACCGGGAGCACUGCUUUGAUGGAAUCCCCAUCACCAAGAAUGUGCAUGAUAACCACUUCUGCGCUGUCAACGCCCGUUUCCUGGCCAUUGUCACUGAGAGUGCUGGAGGAGGCUCCUUCCUUGUCAUCCCCCUGGAGCAGACAGGCAGGAUUGAGCCCAACUACCCCAAGGUCUGCGGUCACCAGGGCAAUGUGCUGGACAUCAAGUGGAACCCCUUCAUCGAUAACAUCAUCGCCUCGUGCUCAGAGGACACGUCGGUGCGGAUCUGGGAGAUCCCCGAGGGUGGGCUGAAACGGAACAUGACGGAGGCUCUCCUGGAGCUGCACGGGCACAGCCGGCGCGUGGGGCUGGUCGAGUGGCACCCUACCACCAACAACAUCCUCUUCAGUGCUGGCUAUGACUACAAGGUCCUCAUCUGGAACCUGGACGUGGGCGAGCCGGUGAAGAUGAUCGACUGCCACACGGACGUGAUCCUCUGCAUGUCCUUCAACACCGACGGCAGCCUGCUCACCACCACCUGCAAGGACAAGAAGCUGCGUGUGAUCGAGCCCCGCUCGGGCCGCGUUCUGCAGGAAGCGAACUGCAAAAACCACAGAGUGAACCGGGUGGUGUUCCUGGGAAACAUGAAGCGACUCCUCACAACAGGGGUCUCCAGGUGGAACACGAGACAGAUCGCCCUCUGGGACCAGGAGGACCUGUCCAUGCCCCUGAUCGAGGAAGAAAUUGACGGGCUCUCUGGCCUUCUGUUCCCCUUCUAUGAUGCUGACACACAUAUGCUCUAUCUGGCUGGAAAGGGGGAUGGAAACAUCCGGUACUACGAGAUCAGCACUGAGAAGCCCUACCUGAGUUACCUCAUGGAGUUCCGCUCCCCGGCCCCACAGAAAGGCCUAGGGGUCAUGCCCAAGCACGGGCUGGACGUGUCGGCCUGCGAGGUGUUCCGCUUCUACAAGCUGGUGACUCUCAAGGGCCUGAUUGCACCCAUCUCCAUGAUUGUGCCCCGGAGGUCGGAUUCCUACCAGGAAGACAUUUACCCCAUGACGCCAGGAACAGAGCCUGCUCUGACCCCCGAUGAAUGGCUGGGAGGCAUCAACAGAGAUCCAGUGCUGAUGUCUUUGAAAGAAGGUUAUAAGAAGUCCUCCAAAAUGGUAUUUAAAGCUCCCAUCAAAGAAAAGAAGAGUGUUGUGGUCAACGGAAUAGAUUUAUUAGAAAAUGUCCCACCCAGGACAGAGAACGAGCUCCUCCGAAUGUUCUUCCGGCAGCAGGAUGAGAUCCGGCGGUUGAAAGAGGAGUUGGCCCAGAAGGACAUCCGCAUUCAGCAGCUACAGCUGGAACUGAAAAACUUACGCAACAGCCCCAAGAACCAUUAGUUCCCCGACUGGGCUGUUUUCUAAGCCAAUCUCUCCUUGUUUCUACCGUCCCUUAACUUCCCCUUUAUCCAGUGAUCCCAGAGACAGCCAGGACUGGAGCCAGGGCCAGCCUGAGGACCUCUCCCCCACCACCUUAAGAACUGGAAGCCAACUUUUGACCUCUUGAUCUCAUGCUAGUACAAGUCCCCAGCCUCUCCUGGAGAGCCACAGCUGGCAGCCCCUUCACCUGCCACCCCAGGAGCCUGGGCUUCCUCCCAGCUGAGUGAAGACCAUGGACUCCCUGACGGGGAACCUUCAAUGGACCCGGGAUCCCAGCUAGACUUAGAAUUUGAACUUUCCCCCUGCAAAGGGGGCUGCCAGGACAUCUCAGCUUUCCUCACUGGAGCUCACAGCAUCACUGACAGCACCACAAAGGGCUGGAUUUGCAGGCAUCAGCUGACGUUCUCCCUCCCCUUCUCCCGCCUCCCUCUCUCCUCUGGCAGCCCUGGAAGCCUGAUUAGCCUGACGGAAGGGUUGCCGGCAGCCCAGCUCCUUUCUGUCUCUUGUUCCAGCUCUCUUGUCUUCAGGGAAUUAAGAGGAUUGCUCACCAAGGCCAUAAUGACCCCCUGCCUUCCCAUGGUUCUCUUCAGGGCUCUUGUGUACCUUCUUCCCAUUGAAUUUGCAAGGCCGGCAGGGUAGGGAUUAGCAUCCCAUUUUGCAAAUGACAGAGCUGAGGUUUGCAAUGAGGAAGCAACUUCCUAAAUCAGACUGCAGGUCAACAGUGGACCUGGUUCCAGGAGCCUGGGUGUCCAGACUUUGAGGCCAGGGCCCUUCCCACUAUAUCAAGAUGCCAACCCUACAUGGGCUUCUCCAGUGCUCAGAUCUCUUUGGAGAAUGAACUAGCCACUCUUAGCAUCUGCCCGACACCAGGUGUGCCAAUGUGCCACACUGUCCGGGUAAGGCUCCCCAUGCUCAAUGACCCUAGACCCUCCUGCACACAGCCUCUGCUCUACCCUUCUCAGGGAUGCCAUCUGAGAUGAGGCCCCUUCCUCCUGGAAGCUGAGGCUGAGAAGGGCGGAGCUCAGCCCUGGGGAAGGCAGAGCAGAGGACUGACCUCUUGCAGGACUCCUCUGUGUGUGUCUCUCUCUCCACUGUCCUCUCAGCCACUUGCAGCCUUAGACACACAUCAGAUGACCACAGCCCCUCGCUUUGGUAUAGCACUUUAAAGUUUACACAGUUCCUUAACACAUAGGAUCGUGUUUCAGCCCCACAUCCACCCUAGGAGGUAGGGAGUGUCCUCUCCAUCUUGCAGAUGAGGAAACUGCAAGAAGUACCCAAGACCACACAGUUCUUUGAGAUACCACAUUUCAUUUGAUCUUCUGCAAAUUUCUUUUUUUAUUUUUCCCUUUUCUCCCUUCAUUUCCCACUACCCACACAGAGUCCAUGGACACUGUUCUUCUCAGAAAAGAAGUCACAGUUUGGGGGUGGGAUCUGGCCUGGGGAUCAAGAAAUGGGUGUCCACUCUUCUUCUUUCCCAUUAGCUAGGAUCUACUAGACACAUUUAACUCCACACACCUGCUUUCCCCAUGGCCACAUUGCAGAACAUUCCAUCCACAAAAGCCGGGGCUACCCAAGCCCUUCCUGGUGGAGCUGGGCAGGGAAAGUCUCCGCCUGCCCCCACCUUGGGCUUUUCCUCUAAGAACCUUGCACCCCGACAGCAGCUAAAGCAAGGUCUCCUCACUCCCGCCCCUCGCAGCUAGGCAAUGUCAGCUCUCAUCUCCUCUUCCCCACAUCCCUUGAACUUUUUUGUUUCUUCCCCCAUUGACCUUUGUGGUCUUCUGUGGUUAUUUAUGCUGCCUCCCAAGGAUAGAAUUAAAAUAAAAUGUUUUCAACUUA